UCCUCCCCCUCACCUUCCUCUCCACCUUCCUCCCCCUCCGCGCCGCGCCCCACCGCGCCAACCAACCAACACGGCGUCCCAACCUGCCGCCUAUAUACCUCCGCCCCCCGCGCCCCCACACGCGCACAUCCAUAUGCUCAGCCCCUAUCCCCGCCCCCCGGACCCCGGACUCCGGCCAUGGGCGCCUGCUUCUCCUCCUCCGCCUCCGCUGCCCCCGCCGGCGCCGCCGACGACCGCCGCCCGUCCAAGGACGACGACGGCAAGAGGAGGCGCCGCGCCGCCGGAGCCUCGCCGGAAGCCGCCGCGGCGGCUGUCCCCGUGCGGGUCGAGUUCGGCUACGAGAGGGACUUCGAGGCGCGCUAUGAGGUCGGUCGCCUGCUCGGCCACGGCCAGUUCGGCUACACCUUCGCCGCCACCGACCGCGCCUCCGGGGACCGCGUCGCCGUCAAGCGCAUCGACAAGGCCAAGAUGACCCGUCCUGUUGCUGUGGAGGAUGUGAAAAGAGAAGUGAAGAUUCUUAAAGCACUUAAAGGACAUCAGAAUAUUGUUCACUUCUACAACGCAUUUGAGGAUGAUUCAUACGUGUAUAUUGUGAUGGAGCUAUGUGAGGGUGGUGAACUAUUGGACCGGAUUUUGGCAAAAAAGAAUAGCCGUUAUAGUGAGAAAGAUGCUGCAGUGGUAGUCCGCCAAAUGCUCAAAGUAGCUGCUGAGUGUCAUCUGCGUGGGUUAGUUCACCGAGAUAUGAAGCCUGAGAACUUCCUUUUCAAAUCAAAUAAGGAGGACUCACCACUAAAGGCAACAGAUUUUGGUUUGUCAGAUUUCAUUAAGCCAGGGAAGAAGUUUCAUGACAUUGUUGGAAGUGCUUACUAUGUCGCACCAGAAGUACUAAAACGACGGUCUGGUCCUGAGUCAGAUGUUUGGAGCAUAGGAGUUAUAACCUACAUUUUGCUCUGUGGGAGGCGGCCUUUUUGGGAUAAAACUGAAGACGGUAUAUUCAAGGAGGUUCUAAGGAACAAACCUGAUUUUCGUAAGAGGCCUUGGUCAAGCAUCAGUCUAGGUGCUAAAGAUUUUGUUAAAAGGUUACUAGUGAAGAACCCAAGGGCAAGGCUAACAGCUGCUCAAGCUCUCUCACAUCCGUGGGUAAGAGAAGGAGGAGAAGCAUCCGAUAUCCCUGUUGACAUAUCUGUGUUAUCAAACAUGCGUCAGUUUGUCAAGUACAGCCGUUUUAAGCAAUUCGCACUUCGGGCUUUGGCGAGUACUCUUAAUGAGGAAGAGCUAGCAGAUCUGAAGGAUCAGUUUGAUGCAAUUGAUAUUGAUAAAAGUGGAUCAAUUAGUAUCGAGGAAAUGCGCCAUGCCCUUGCAAAGGAUCUUCCCUGGAGAUUGAAGGGUCCCCGUGUGCUCGAGAUUAUUCAAGCAAUUGACAGCAACACCGAUGGGCUUGUGGACUUCAAAGAGUUCGUUGCAGCAACUCUCCAUAUACACCAGAUGGCGGAGCUUGACUCUGAAAGAUGGGGUAUACGCUGCCAAGCUGCUUUCAGUAAAUUCGAUCUGGAUGGUGAUGGAUAUAUCACACCGGAGGAACUUAGAAUGGUGCAGCACACUGGCUUGAAGGGAUCUAUCGAGCCGCUGCUGGAGGAGGCCGACAUCGAUAAAGACGGGAAGAUAAGCCUGUCCGAAUUCCGCAAACUCCUUCGAACCGCAAGCAUGAGCAACGUUCCCAGCCCAAGGGGGGUUCCAAAUCCUCAAGCUCUGUGAAUUGCAGCGCCAGUCAUUAGGGAGGAGCAAAUUUAGGAAGAUACCACACAGUAGUCACGUUCUUUUUUGGUUUCUUUAGCGUGCCAUGUGAUGUUUCUGAUUUUAGCAUCCAGGUUGUGUGCAGCAAUGAGUAAGUUUCAAGUAAAUAUUUAGUGUUUAUUUUACGGAAAAGUAUGUGAGGUCGAGGUCAAAAUGGUAAACAAGACUCACCUUCUUUCCUGUACACUGUACAGUAUACUAAAUACGUAUGAUUUUACUGUACUGUUGGUCACAAUAAAGUUGUCUGAAGCAGUGAGGAUAUGCUGGUCCUUUGCAUAA